UAACUCUUUCAUCUAGGUUGCUCCCACGGGCAAUAUUUAGGCCUCAUUAAGUUCUCAUUCUGUACGUUUGCCAAUGUCGAGGUUAUGUUUAAAUAAAUUUUGAAGAAUCGUUGGUCAUGACCGAGACCUUGUUACGCCGUCUCGGUACAGCGUGAUAGCACCGGUGCAAUAAACUUACCGAUCAUUGUCUGCAUGAUCUUUGAAGCAACAAGACCUGUUGGGUUUCAGCUGCAAGAUUUUGACUGCAAAAAGCGACGAUGAAGCAAGCGGGAAGGAAGUUCGAUGAUGUGCUUAUUGAGCUUGGAGAGUUUGGUCGGUAUCAGAUAUGGAUCUACAACUUAUUGUGUCUCUUUGAGUUCAUUGCACCGUGGCAGAUCCUGGUUUAUCUGUUUCUUUCUGGAGAGGCGGAUCACUGGUGUGAGAUACCAGACUGGGAUCCUGUCGAUUGUGAAAGCUACGGAUUCAACACAUCAAGAGAAUGUGCUCUUGCAAAGAGAGAGGUUGGCAUCCCAUGGAACUACACUGAUGAUACUAAUACAAAGGUUUAUUCAUCUUGUAGACGAUAUAAUACCAGUGGAGUUGAUUUUAGCCCAGAGCUCAGUCUUUAUGGAACCAAUGAAUUCUCCUGCGAUGCUGGUUGGUAUUAUGACACCAAAGGAGCUGAAAGGACCGUGGAACAGGACUUCAAUUUAGUUUGCGGUUCAGGGUAUCAAUCGUCACUCAGUCAGUCAAUCUUCUUUGCUGGUACUGCGGCCGGAUCUUUGAUCUUUGGAAUGUUUUCUGACAGAUUUGGUCGUCACCGAACCCUAUUCAUCUGCAUGUGGGUUAUCAUAUUUUCAGGAACAGCUCUCGCUUUCUCGGUCAACAUUUGGAUGUUCAUGGUCCUUAGAAUGAUCACAGGAGCAUUUACGAUUGGAAUGGUGCAAUCAGCCUUUAUACUUGCAAAUGAAAUAAUAGGUCCUUCCAAGCGAGCCAUUGCUGGUAACGUAAUAUGGAUUCACUUUGCAGUAGGCUACAUGACAUUGUCCCUCCUUGCAUUUUACAUCAGGAAUUGGCGUCACCUGCAGCUCAUUGUUUCUUUAUUACCCGCGGCUCUUCUCAUCAUUUACGUGCUCGCUCCUGAAUCUCCUCGUUGGUUGUUGUCAAAGGGUCGUGUUGAGGAAGCAACUAAGGUCAUGAGAAGAUUAGGAAAGGUCAAUGGAGUCACAGUCAAAGAGACAUUCAAUUUGGAUGAUGUUCAAACUGACAUAAAAGUCGAGGGAAGUGGAAAACAGGGCGUGAUUGAAUUGCUCCGCAGACCUCGUUUACGGCUCUACACUAUAAACCUCAUGUUUCAACUGUGUAUUAACACGGUAGUGUACUACGGAAUAUCAAUGAGUACCGAUCAACUUGGAGUCAACAAAUACAUAGCUUUCGCUAUCGCGGGUGCUGUUGAGAUUCCUGCUUGCUUUUGUGUUAUUCAUCCCAUUGAAAGGUGGGGUAGAAGACCAGUUUAUAUCUUCUUCAUGAUCCUUUCCGGAGUCGCGAUAUUGGCAACUAUUUUCAUUCCGUAUGGCAUUGGGCGGGCAGCGGUGGCGAUGAUUGGCAAGUUCGCCAUUACGUCUUCCUUCUGCGUAGUCUACCUUCACGCUUGUGAGAUUAUUCCUACUCCGGUCAGGAAUUCUGCCCUUGGUAUGUGCACCCUAUGUUCAAACAUGUCCAACAUCCUCGCCCCACUGAUCCUUCUUCUUUCCGAUGUGUGGAUUCCAUUUCCGCUGGUGAUAUUUGGCGCCUUUGCUAUCGUUGGGGCAGCACUUGCCUACUUCCUUCCAGAAACCAGAGGCAAGAAAAUACCAGAGACGAUGGAAGAGGGAGAAAACAUAGGAUGGAAAGCUGCACCAAGGAGGAAAAGUCCCAGCGUGGAUGAUUCGAAGUAUUCUGAUUACAACUAUCAUAGAGCAGAAGAGAUGGGGGAGCCAGUGUAAGAUAAGGAUCAAACCACCAUUUGCAAAAUUGAAUUACUGUGCUUCCAAGUUAUCCCCAGGAUAAGUCCCAGGAUUAGUCUAACAUACAACUUCAUGAAGUUGAGACCGAAAGGUAGUUCUGAUGCUGGAACCAUGGAGCUAUAGAUCUAUGCUUGAACAAUGAACUUUGUGUUUGAGUGGUGACGGAGCAUAAUAACUGUAUGACCGAUGAAUUACAGCAUUAUGUCUUAAGCCCCAGUCACAUAUAGACACGG